UCCGCCGAGUGCCUGUUGGCAGGAGCCCGCUUGGCGUCGGGUCUGUGGAGGUUUGGGGGUGCUCUGGCUGUAGCUGAAGCAGGCGUCGGGGAGAGUCCAUAGGAAAGAAGGCACCAUGGACGAUCAGGGCUGCCCCCGGUGUAAGACCACGAAAUACCGGAACCCCUCCUUGAAGCUGAUGGUGAAUGUGUGCGGACACACUCUGUGUGAAAGUUGUGUGGAUUUACUGUUUAUGAGAGGAGCUGGAAACUGUCCUGAGUGUGGCACUCCACUUAGAAAGAGCAACUUCAGGGUACAACUCUUUGAAGAUCCUACUGUGGACAAGGAGGUUGAGAUUCGGAAAAAAGUCUUAAAAAUAUACAAUAAAAGAGAAGAAGACUUUCCUAGUCUAAGAGAAUAUAAUGAUUUCCUGGAAGAAGUGGAAGAAAUUGUUUUCAACUUGACCAACAAUGUGGAUUUGGAUAACACCAAAAAGAAAAUGGAGAUGUAUCAAAAGGAAAACAAAGAUGUCAUUCAGAAAAAUAAGUUAAAGCUGACUCGGGAACAGGAGGAAUUGGAAGAGGCGUUAGAGGUAGAAAGACAGGAAAAUGAACAAAGAAGACUGUUUAUACAAAAAGAAGAACAACUGCAGCAGAUUCUAAAAAGGAAGAAUAAGCAGGCUUUUUUAGAUGAACUGGAGAGUUCUGAUCUCCCUGUUGCUCUCCUGUUGGCUCAGCAUAAAGAUCGAUCUACCCAGUUGGAAAUGCAACUUGAGAAACCUAAACCUAUAAAACCAGUGACAUUCUCCACAGGCAUCAAAAUGGGUCAGCAUAUUUCAUUAGCACCUAUUCAAAAGCUUGAAGAAGCUCUGUAUGAAUACCAACCACUGCAGAUAGAGACAUGUGGACCACAAGUUCCUGAGCUUGAGAUGCUGGGAAGACUUGGGUAUUUAAACCAUGUCAGAGCUGCCUCUCCACAGGACCUUGCUGGAGGCUAUACUUCUUCUCUUGCUUGUCACAGAGCACUACAGGAUGCAUUCAGUGGGCUUUUCUGGCAGCCCAGUUAACCUUUAUUUCUCCUUUAUAAGAUUUGGACCUAGGAGCCGAACCAGAGAGCUAGCAAAAGUAAAGCAGACGUGUAAAAGUAGAGCCCUGUGCAGCUGCCCGGCAACAGUACUACCGCUAGCAGCGGUGUGAAAGUAUUUAUGAGAAAAUUUCAGAACUAAGCUGAGUAAUAUAGUGGAUAAAUAUAUGUGAAAAAGAUUUAUUUUUUACUUGUAUUUUUCUGAGAGGGAUUGAAGCUGUAAACUUCAUCUGAUGGAAGAUAUGAAUAAUUCACCUGUGUAUGCUUGAGGUUGACAGACUUGUAAAAUCUUUUUAAAAAUAAAGCUAGACU